CUCUGGAUCUAUAUUCCCUCAAGAGAGAGAGAGUGUGUGUGUUGGACUGCGAAACAAACGAAAGGAGUUGAAAGAAAAGCAGCGGCAGCAAAAGCAACAGGCAAACGCUAAACAGCAAAAGAUAGCAAAUCAAACAAUGAUGUGAAAACAAAAAAAUGGUCACUGCUUAUAAUUAUGUCUGUGUCUGGUAUUUGGGGUUUCUCUUCUAAGCCUUCUCGAUCCCAAACAUUCUCCUAAACAUCAAAUAUACCCAUCCCGAUCUUUUUCCUCAAUAAAAACAAGAGCCACUGUACUGUUGCAAAGUCUCUCGCCUUCAGUGCUAUAGAUAACUUCCAUGGCUCCGCGAACCUCCUCCUGAGAUCUCUUAGCUUCUUCCCUUUUCUUUUUCGCUUAUUCUCAUAAGCGAAUAGGCGAAACCGCGCGCAGACGUGGGCGGGGAUGAUGGGUGUGAGUUCGGCCUGCAAGGAUGGUAAUAAGGACGGACUGGAUAACGGCAAGUAUGUGCGGUACACGCCUGAGCAAGUUGAGGCGCUCGAGAGGCUCUACCACGACUGCCCUAAACCCAGCUCCAUGCGCCGCCAACAGCUUAUCAGGGAGUGCCCUAUUCUCUCCAAUAUCGAGCCCAAGCAGAUCAAAGUUUGGUUCCAAAACCGAAGAUGUAGAGAAAAGCAGCGAAAAGAGGCGUCUCGCCUCCAAGCUGUGAACAGAAAGCUGACUGCCAUGAAUAAGCUCCUGAUGGAGGAGAACGAUCGGCUGCAGAAGCAGGUGUCACAGCUAGUCUACGAGAACAGUUAUUUCCGUCAACACACACAAAAUACGACCCUUGCCACCACGGAUACGAGUUGCGAGUCGGUGGUGACUAGCGGUCAACAUCAUUUGACUCCUCAGCAUCCACCAAGGGAUGCUAGUCCUGCAGGACUUAUGUCCAUUGCAGAGGAGACUUUAACAGAGUUUCUUUCAAAGGCCACCGGAACUGCUGUGGAGUGGGUCCAAAUGCCUGGGAUGAAGCCUGGUCCGGAUUCCAUUGGAAUCGUUGCAAUUUCUCAUGGUUGCCCUGGAGUGGCAGCACGUGCAUGUGGCCUUGUUGGUCUUGAACCUACAAGAGUCGCAGAAAUCCUCAAAGAUCGGCGUUCAUGGUUCCGAGGUUGCCGAGCCGUGGAUGUCUUAAAUGUGCUGUCCACUGGAAAUGGUGGAACCGUUGAGCUGCUUUACAUGCAGCUAUAUGCACCUACAACUUUGGCACCAGCUCGUGACUUUUGGUUGCUGCGCUAUACAUCUGUUUUGGAGGAUGGUAGUCUUGUGGUCUGUGAAAGAUCACUUAACAACACUCAGAAUGGUCCGAGCAUGCCAUCGGUGCAACAAUUCGUGAGAGCAGAAAUGCUGCCAAGUGGGUAUCUGAUCAGACCUUGCGAAGGGGGUGGAUCAAUAAUACAUAUAGUAGAUCAUAUGGAUUUAGAGCCUUGGAGUGUACCUGAAGUGUUGCGCCCGCUUUAUGAGUCAUCAACACUACUUGCUCAGAAGACGACGACGGCAGCGUUGCGUCAUUUGAGGCAGAUAUCUCAAGAAGUUUCUCAGCAGCCAAAUGUCACUGGUUGGGGAAGAAGACCUGCAGCUCUACGUGCGCUUAGUCAGAGAUUGAGCAAGGGGUUUAACGAAGCAGUUAAUGGGUUUACAGAUGAGGGAUGGUCUAUGCUGGAAAGUGAUGGCAUCGAUGAUGUUACCAUUCUGGUGAACUCAUCUCCGGCCAAGAUGAUGGGUGGAAGUCUUUCUUAUGUCAAUGGAUUUCCAUCUGUCAGCAAUGCAGUUCUAUGUGCAAAAGCAUCCAUGUUAGUACAAAAUGUGCCACCUGCGGUACUUCUUAGAUUUCUACGAGAACACAGGUCGGAAUGGGCAGAUAGCAGCAUUGAUGCUUAUUCAGCUGCUGCCGUUAAGGCUGGUCCAUGUAGUUUACCUGGAGUUCGAGCCGGAAGUUUUGGGGGUCAGGUCAUUCUUCCGCUUGCUUACACAAUUGAGCAUGAAGAGUUUAUGGAGGUCAUUAAGCUUGAAAGUAUGGGCCACUAUCGAGAGGACAUGAUUAUGGCUGGUGACAUCUUCCUCUUGCAACUUUGCAGCGGAGUGGAUGAGAGUGCAGUCGGCACAUGUGCCGAACUAAUAUUUGCUCCCAUUGACGCAUCUUUUUCUGAUGAUGCACCUAUUAUACCCUCUGGUUUCCGCAUUAUUCCUAUUGAGUCUGGAAUUGAUGCCUCCAGUCCAAACCGCACACUUGACCUUGCCUCUGCUCUUGAAGUUGGACCCACUGGAAACAGAACAUCUAGUGAAAACUCUGGUAAAUCUGGUAGCAUCAAAUCUGUGAUGACAAUAGCAUUCCAGUUUGCAUUUGAAAUCCACCUUCAAGAAAACGUAGCUGCCAUGGCUCGACAGUACGUCCGGAGUAUAAUAGCUUCAGUGCAGAGGGUGGCAUUAGCGCUCUCUCCUUCUUGUUUGGGUUCUCAUGCUGGAUUUUUGUCACCACCUGGCACUCCUGAAGCUCAGACACUUGCUCGAUGGAUCUGUCACAGCUAUAGGUUGUAUCUAGGGGUUGAAUUGCUUAAAAGUGAAGGAAGUGAACCCAUUCUCAAAACUCUUUGGCAUCACUCUGAUGCGGUCAUGUGUUGCUCUUUGAAGGCACUGCCAGUAUUUACAUUUGCGAAUCAGGCUGGUCUUGACAUGCUUGAGACAACCUUGGUUGCACUUCAAGAUAUUACACUGGAAAGGAUUUUUGAUGACAAUGGAAAGAAAACUCUGUGCUCUGAGUUCCCACAGAUAAUACAGCAGGGUUUUAUCUGUCUUCAAGGUGGCAUUUGCUUAUCUAGCAUGGGGAGGCCAAUCUCCUAUGAAAGAGCAGUAGCGUGGAAGGUAUUGAAUGAAGAAGAGAAUGCUCACUGUAUCUGCUUCAUGUUCAUCAACUGGUCUUUCGUCUAAAACUUUGGAAACAUAGGAUGCUGAAAAUUUAUUAAAUAUAUUUUCUAUCCUAUUGGGUAUGGAGAAACCCUAAAAUGCCUUUGUACUAUUAUGAACAUAUUGCACCGAAAUGCAUAUGUGGUCCCAUUUUUGGUAACUAGUUAUCAUAUAUUUUUCCAUAUUUGUGAAUUUGAAUGUUAUGCCAGGAGAAGCAUGACUUGGUUGGCAUUCCAUUA